CCGAUCCCCACGAAGCAUACAACUGGUGUGACCAGAAUAACGGUGGAUGUGAGCAUUUCUGCAGGCCGGCCGGUGUUCACUUCUUCUGCGAGUGUGCUGAUGGAUAUCAACUGGGGGACGAUGGGCAGAACUGUGAGCCGUCUGAUGUCUGUCAAGAAGCCCCCUGUGAGUUUGAGUGCCUGCCCCUCUCAGAUGGGUACCGUUGUGCCUGCCCUGAAGGGUACAUGCUUGCAGCAGAUGAUCGCAGCUGUCUGGAUGUAGACGAGUGCCUCCAGAGUCCUUGCGAGCAGAUUUGCAUGAACGCUCCAGGGACAUUCGAAUGUAGAUGUCGGGAGGGAUACCAUCCUGAUGAAGACGGCGGGUGUGAGGAUAUAGAUGAGUGUAUAAAUGAUCCAUGUGAACAUGCCUGUGAGAACACUCUGGGCUCUCAUAUCUGCCACUGCCAUCUGGGUUAUUCCCUCAUGCCCGAGGACCCAAGCAAAUGCCAAGACACUGACGAGUGCCAGAUCCCCGGGACCUGCGAGCAGAUGUGUGUGAAUUACGAGGGCGGAUUUGAAUGCUACUGCGAGGAAGGCUACGAACUCAUGUCUAAUCACUUCUCAUGUCGCAAGAUAGGACAAGGAGAUGAGGAACCUGCUGUCACCCCUCCCUUUCCUUGGGUGACCAACCAGCCUGGACCUCUAUGGGACCCUGUGGACUACGACUGGAACCGACAGCAGGGCCACACUGACUGGCCUCCAGAGGACGAGCAGGCUCUGGACUGGCUGACCGACCCACCCAGCGUUUUGGAUCCUGAUGUCAUAUGGGUCACCAGCGCCCCCCAGGAAGAAAUGCUCUUUGAUUUAGCCCCUGGUCACAAGCAGGCUGAGAAAGGCUUUGACGAUGGAGAAGCGGACAGGGGACAGUGGGGGCAGAGACCUGGGUUUGACCUGGACAUUUUGCCGACCACAAUAUACACAACGCCUCCCCCACCCACAAAGUCCAGCCCUACCCCAGACUGGUACGACGAGGAGGACGAGGAGGAGACCACCACGGCUCUCCCCUUCCUUUCCACCUCAACAAUCUCUGAGGGAGCGUGGAAUUGGUGGGCCACUUCCAGCCAGAAACCAGAAAGUACGGAACAUUCUGUCAUCGACCUCAACAUGCCUCCGGAUUCUGGCUUCCACAAUGCGACAGAAGAAGAAGAGCAGUACCACCUUAGGGAAACCUCCCCAGAGGAGGAUUAUGGGAAGGAGGAGGAGGAGGAAUUAGUGGAGGUCACAACCCAAAAUGUUCCCACACAGCCGACUCCUUCCCAGCCAACCAACCCAAGCGAGAUCUUUGACGUCACGGUUUCUGUCCAGGAAGAGCGGGGGCAGAAGGAGAGCAGCACCUGGCUCCUGGUGGGGCUCCUGGUGCCCAUCUGCAUCUUCAUCGUAGUGAUGGUGGCCCUGGGCAUCGUCUACUGCACCCGCUGUGCUGUUCAUUCACGCAGCAAGAACGCCACUGACUGCUACCACUGGAUCUCUGGGGCUCACGAUAAACAAGGAGCUCCUAACCUCUCAGCAGGGGUCAAGACCCACGUUUAAAGAGAGAACAGAGAAAGUGACAUUUACAUAACCAGACUCUGCUUCAAAGCAGGAGUGAAUAAUGGAACUGGGACAAGCUAAAUGUUUUACCCUCUCUGACUGUUGAACUGCCCACUCUUUGAACACAUUUGGAUUUUACUUUUAAAUAUCAAUGGAUUGAGGCGGAAAAACACUAAGUUUUUUCUGAGAUGGGAUUGUGGUGUCUUUGAUGUUUUAUACACUGACCACGCAGCACAAGGCCAUUGCUUCCUCAUUGCACUAAGACACAUGAUCAUACAAUAUAAGUGCCUUCAUUAUGUUUGUACAAAAAUAUCUGCUGAUAUCAGAGAAUAAUGUGGGUAGACAUGUAUUCACUUUCAAAAUGUCACACUUGAGCCAGAUCCAGAACUGAUGGCAUUCGACCAUAUUGUGAGAGCAAAACUUUACCAUGAGGUUUCUAAUAUGCAAAAUCCUCAGGCUCAGUUUUUACGAUAGCAUAUCACUGUAGAUAACUUGUACUGUCAACUGUGUUAAAGGGAUCAAAAUGCAUUGCUAGCUCGCAUAACAAAUGAGACUGUAAGCAAAUAUCCCUUCAAGAGAUAAGACAUUCUGCAGUCACAUUAUAAAGCUGGGAAGCAGUCAUUUGAAAAUCACUGUGUUGAAUGUUUGAUAAGAGACCAAAACCUUAUUUGUAUAUAGUGGUUCUUUUGUAUUUAUGUUUGUUGCAUAUUUUUCACCAGCAUUUUUAUAGAAAAUGUAACAAUUCAAUUACGUACCUUCUUUCAUGGAGCCCAUAAACCUAGUGAAAUGUAAAGGAAUGUCUGCACAUGGGAAUAGUUUUCCCCACUCAUGCCCAGUUUAAGAGCACUUCUCCUUUCCUUGACUUUUCUUUUAUUGUGUUUUCUAAGAGGUUAGAGUGCAGAUGUUCACACUGCACAGGGAAUGUUGUAGGGGCCUGUGGUUGACAUUAGCCAUGGCCUUGUUCGUGAUAUGGCCAUCAAUCACUCUUCGUAACCCUAAUUCAUUAUUACAGCCAUACACGUAUUGUCUUAAACCAGCCCUGAAAUGUUGUACGGCUGUGUUGGAUUACACCCAGCUGUGUGUGCGACACAUCGCUGCUGCAGCUUCAGAUGUUUUCAAACUGAACAAACAUGUUCCAUAAAUCUCAGAUUCCAAAAUGUUCACAUGUGGAUAGAAAGCUGCAUUAACUUGUUUGGAGAAGUGCACAUUGGAUAUUAGGGUGUAUGCGUAACCCUAACAGACCAAAGACAGAACAAUGAAAGAACAAAAGGUACUUACAAGUUAACAAAAACAAAUUCAGGAUGAAAUGGAUUGAUGCCUGAAACAAAGUGCCAAUCCAAAUGUACACAUGAAAUGUGUCUUUACUUUAAUAAUAGACUGUGAAAUGUAAGAAACAUCAAAUGUCUUUUCUUUGUUACAUUUUAAGAAAUUGUGAAUUAAAAACUAUGACAAGG